AUUGUAAUUUUUUUGUUGCAUGAAUAUUUUGCCGCGAAUUUUUGUUAUUUUUAUUAAUUAAAAAGCAGCAUUUUGAUAUAGUAAACAUUUCUUUGUGAUUAGUUCCUUCCUCAUAGUGAUUUGUAAUACAAAGAACUAAGAAACAAAUAUGACUGUUGGAGAAGUUAGUAAAAAUUUACCAUGGGUGGAAAAAUAUCGUCCAUCAAAAUUAGAAGACUUGGUGUCUCAUGAUGAUAUUAUUCAAACAAUUAAUCAGUUUAUGCAAGAAAAUCAACUGCCCCAUUUAUUGUUCUAUGGGCCGCCUGGUACUGGGAAAACAUCAACUAUUCUUGCCUGUGCAAGAAAAAUGUACACACCACAGCAGUUUAAUUCUAUGGUACUAGAACUAAAUGCAUCAGAUGACAGAGGCAUAGGAAUUGUACGAGGGCAGAUAUUGAGCUUUGCUUCCACAAGGACAAUAUUCAAGGCAGGACCAAAACUCAUUAUUUUGGAUGAAGCUGAUGCUAUGACUAAUGAUGCACAGAAUGCAUUGAGGAGAAUAAUAGAAAAGUACACGGAGAACGUGCGCUUCUGCAUCAUAUGCAACUACCUGGGGAAGAUAAUACCGGCGCUGCAGUCGCGCUGCACCCGCUUCCGGUUCGCGCCGCUGCAGCAGAGCCAGAUCGUGCCGCGCCUGCGCGACAUCGUCGACAAGGAGAACGUCAAAAUCUCCGAGGACGGCAUCAAGGCCCUGCUCACGCUGUCCGGCGGCGACAUGCGCAAGGUGCUGAACACGCUGCAGAGCACGUGGCUCGCGUACCGUGACGUCACCGAGGACAACGUGUACACGUGCGUGGGCCACCCGCUGCGCGCCGACAUCAACUACAUACUGAACUGUCUGCUCAACGAGAACGACUUCGCGCAGUGCUUUAAGAAAAUUCAAGAUCUGAAGAUUGCAAAAGGUUUAGCGCUGGGUGACAUUUUGACUGAGAUCCACACAAUAAUACAGAGAGCGAAAUUCCCUCCCGAGGUGCUAAUAAAGCUGGUGAUAGAUAUGGCGGACUCCGAGGCGCGACUGGCGAGCGGGUGCAGCGAACGCAUCGAGCUGGCCGCACUCAUCGCCACCUUCCAACUGUGCAAGGAUCAGAUCGACUUGGAAGCUCUUUCGUAGUAAUGUAUAAUGUGUUAACUUACUUUAUAGACUAAAUAAACUUUAUUUUUUUUA